GGGAGCUGCCGGCGCGGAGCGGGGGACAGAAGGUUUGGAAGAGCAGUCGCUUUGGUCUUGAAUGUCUACGGAGCCGAGGACGUAGUUGUCUGUUCCACUGGCUUCAAAUACAGAAGAAUUAGUGAAGAGUGACAUAGUUGUGCGGAGCUGAAAGGAUCCCCAGACGUGACUGAUCUAUGAAAUGGCAGAGAAUGGAACAGAUUGUGACCAGAGACGCAUAGGAAUGAUCAAAGAGCAGCACAAUGGAAGCUUUACAGAUUCCCCUUUGUUGAGUGAACGGAAGCGAAGGGACCGAGAAGAGAGGUUGAAUAUUGUCCUCUGGAAACAACCGCUUGUUACCUUGCAGUAUUUUUUCCUGGAAACACUAAUAAACUUGAAGGAAUGGACCAUAAAAUUGUGGCAUCGGCGAAGUAUCUUGGUGUGUUUUUUACUGCUGCUUGCAGUGCUCACAGCUACGUAUUACAUUGAAGGAACACAUCAACAGUAUGUGCGGUACAUGGAGAAAAAGUUCUUUUGGUGUGCCUACUGGGUAGGAUUAGGCAUCCUGUCCUCUGUUGGACUUGGAACAGGUCUCCACACCUUUCUGCUCUAUUUGGGUCCACACAUAGCAUCAGUUACUCUCGCUGCAUAUGAAUGUAACUCAGUUAAUUUUCGUGAGCCUCCGUACCCGGAUCAAAUUAUCUGCCCUGACGAGGGGACGACUGAAGGAUCCAUCUCUAUAUGGGCCAUCAUCUCAAAAGUCAGGCUGGAGGCCUGCAUGUGGGGCGCUGGCACAGCCAUUGGAGAGCUGCCUCCAUAUUUCAUGGCGAGGGCAGCCCGACUCUCUGGUGCUGAACCUGAUGAUGAAGAGUACCAGGAAUUUGAGGAGAUGCUGGAACAUGCACAGACUGCACAAGAUUUUGCUUCCCGGGCCAAACUGGCCGUCCAGAACCUGGUGCAGAAGGUUGGGUUCUUCGGCAUUUUGGCCUGCGCUUCGAUUCCAAACCCCCUGUUUGACCUGGCCGGGAUAACAUGUGGACACUUUCUGGUUCCCUUCUGGACCUUCUUUGGUGCAACCCUCAUUGGGAAAGCAGUAAUUAAAAUGCACAUCCAGAAACUUUUCGUUAUUAUGACAUUCAGCAAACAUAUAGUGGAGCAGAUGGUGUCCCUAAUCGGUGCUAUUCCAAGUGUAGGUCCUUCUCUUCAGAAGCCAUUUCAAGAAUAUUUGGAAGCUCAGAGGAUAAAACUCCACCACAGACCUGACGGUGCCGUCCCACAGGGGGAGAACUGGCUCUCAUGGAUAUUUGAAAAAUUGGUGAUUGUCAUGGUUGGUUAUUUUAUCUUAUCUAUAAUCAACUCCAUGGCCCAAAGCUAUGCCAAACGGCUGCAACAGAAGAUGUACUCGGAAGAAAAAACCAAAUGAGCCUGGAAAUAAAACCCCUCUUGGAAUGGGUUUUAGCAGACACAAAAAAUGACACAUCUUUCCAUACGUUUAAAAAUCAGCAUUAUUCAAAAUGUGGGAAAACUUUUUAACAUCAAUUUUCAACUAUAACAACUUUCUAUUUAAUUUUGAAAGUAAUUUGGAUAUUAGAGCAGACGUUUCAUUGACAAACUUAUAAAUGUUAAGGUAAGGUGUAAAUGCUUUCUGAGUCUGAGGUGUAUUAUACAGGAUGGACAACGGGAUGUUAAAUGAUGUUUAACACAAACGUUGUCCAUCCAAAUUACUUCCAAAACCGGUGAUUUAAUACCCUCCAUUUCCCGAUUUAACUUCAGACCGACCCAAGGGUAACUUUUUAUUUUGAAGGGGUGGCUGGUUUGCUUUUUUCCAUAACUUUCAAGGCCAUGACAAUGUAUAUAAGUGAGUACAGACUGGAUACAAACUGUUGCAUGUCCCCCUGGGUAAGGCUGUUCCAUCUGGACUCUCCGGUGUCCCGCUGCAUUGCACGUGCUCUCGGUUGGAAACGCCACCCUCUUAAACAUCAUGAUGUUAGCAGAGAUGAUUGAUGUCAAAAAUGCCGAAGCUGACAUUUUUUAUUCUGUAUAUUUAGAAUGAAGUUAAGAUAAAACUUUAUAAAGUCAUCUUUGAUCAUUCCAGAAUUUCUUGUGUCAGUCUUUUUAAGCUGUUCCUUUUCCUCUCCGCUUUUGUAUGCUCAGUUUGGUUUCUUUAUUAAGCCUUAAUCCCAUGAACCGCAUGCUUUCCUCAUCCUUCCUGCACAAAUGGUGCUGAAGCCCUUUGUUCUUGGUUGUUUUUUUUUUUUUUUCUUAAGAACUUCUUCCUUAGCAGAAGGAAGUAGAAAGCAGAUCACUUGCUUGAAGUAUGGCUCGCUGGUUAAAAUAGGCAAGUGAAAUAGCUGGUGAUAUUUGUUAUCAUAAAUCCUUCUCGGAUGUUUGCCGCUGAUCACGGCAUCGUGGGAGGUGAAGAGAGGGGGGGAGAGUAAAAAUUUCAGCUGAAAACAGAUUUGAUGUCAGAGAACCUUAACCUUAGGCUUUUGGAGUCAGAUAUUUUUAAAACAUUGUUAUGAAUCAGUGUGUGUUCCAGUCCUGAUGUCCAUGAACGUAACUAAUACUAAUAUUCCCUCUUCAGUCAGUAGAUACCCGUUCCCCUGCUGCUGUACAGGUUUUACUGCUCUCAUAAUCUUUGGAGUAUUGGUUUUUAUUUUUAAUCCUAGGGGUAAGUAACAAGAAUUAGUUUGGCUUUCAAUUAGUGUUAUCAAAAGGUGAGCACAGAGCAGGUUAGGGGUCUCUCAGGUUGGAUUUCUCCCGGCGUUAGGGCAGGGCUGGAGCAAGGUGUGACAAUAAUGUAUUGUGUUGGAUCCUGCCUGAGUGUCCUCUUGUGUUGCCAACCCGUCGUGACAUCUCCAUGGCCGUACCAUCCUGUCGGAUAGCUUAUCAGACUGAUGUUGACUGUUGGAUCUCAUGGCAACAACAGUCGGUAGGCUGUCUGACAUUUUGGUAUCUCUCAUCUGACCGUUUCCUCAUCCAUCUCCAGCCGUUUCCAUUGAACAUCAGUAGCACGUGAAUGUUUUGGGGUUGAGGUGGAGGCAAGCUCAGCCGUCGGGCAGCGCCACAGGCCACGUAAAAACCAUCUUUUUAAAGUUUCAUCUCAGUCCUGUGUGAGGUUUGUAACGUUUCUCUUGUAAUACUUCAUAUAUAGCUUUAAACAAUGUUCCUGAAUGGACGGGGAGGCUUCUCUCAGCAGAGCUGCUGACUGGGUUAAAUAUCUGAAAGCCUGAGCGCGGGGAGGCGGUACAGGGGAGUGAAAAGCACAGAGGCCAUUCAUUUCCCUCUGUGGAUUUUUAAAAGAUGAACAGUGUUUCUUAAAUCUUGGCCCUAGCAGCUUGUUCAUUUUCUGGCCUAAAUAUGGUCUUUGAAAAUAAUGCAGAAAAUAAGUUACUCUAAUACAAUGCUCCUUCAAAGUAUCAUAAUAGAUAUUUCACUUUUUUCAGUCUACUAAAACUUUAAUUUUGCACUGGGUAAGCGGGGCUGUCAGCAGUUCAGAGCUGUUUGUUACACUCUUCUUCAGGACCCUUGGAUCAGUGGAAGUGCUGGUUGAUGCCCUCCCCAGUUCCGGUGGGAGCUUUUUGUCCUCAGAUCCACCAUGUGCCCUGGGGACACUGGUAUUUACUUCCCACAGCUCUGGUAGUGUCUUAAAGCCUUUUGUGAGAGUAAAUGACAUUUUUGCCACGUUGAGGUCCCUGUACGCUGUCAGAUCAAAAUGAGGAGACUGUGUAACAGUAAUUAAAAAGAAAAAAAACCCUCUUCCUAGAGCUUGAGCCAAUAAACUACACCUUUCUGAGGGUCUUCUCAUAAUUAUGCCUCCUUGCCUACUGACAACUAGAGAAAUUGAAAGCUUUCUCCCACUUUUAUUUCAAUCUAUGUUUACAUACAUAUAGUGCAAAAUAGAUCUUUUGUUCUGCAACUCAUGUUUUAUGUGUCCAUUCCAAUGAGCUGUGCUCCUAUUCUGGAGUUUCUAACACUAUUUAAAGAAGGGACCAGUCAUUCUGCUUGCUUCUACCUGUUCAGCCGCUGGGAGAUUAUACUUGGUAAAAGGUAAAAAAUAAUAGAAAGUUAUGCAAACCUAAUGAGAUCUGCAAAUGGAUAGUUUUGUGUUUGCUUAAAUAAACAAACAAAUAACUGUU